UGUGACAGCGCGUGCAGGAGGUCCGCGUGUGCAGGAGGUCCGCGUGUGUGCAGAGCCACAGAAGAGUGUGUGAGAGACAUGGCGCAGGCAGGAGGGGUGAUGAAGCCGAAGACCAGGCGCUCCAAGCGUUUCCUGCAGAACAGAGAACCCAAGCUGACGGAGAACUCGAAGAACGCCAUGAUCAUGAAGGGGGGGAACACGAGUGAGACUGUCACAUUCGCCCUUAAAGACAUCUUUGCGUUGAAGAAACCCAAUGCUGUUCUGUACAAGAAGAAGAACAUCAUGAGGCCAUUUGAAGACUCCACGUCCCUGGAAUUCUUCUCGAAGAAGUCAGACUGCUCUCUGUUCCUCUUCGGCUCCCACAACAAGAAACGACCGAACAACCUGAUCUUCGGUCGCAUGUUUGAUUUUCACGUGUUGGACAUGUUUGAGCUCGGCAUUGAGAAGUUCACGGCACUCAAAGAGCUUAAGAACACAAAGUGUGCUGAGGGGACGAAGCCCAUGUUGGUGUUUGCAGGAGAACUUUUUGAGACGGAUAAAGAAUACAUACGCCUCAGGAGUGUCCUGACAGAUUUUUUCCGCGGUCCAUCUGUGUCUGCAGUGCGUCUCGGCGGUCUCGAUCACGUUCUACACUUCACCGCUCUGGACGGAAAAAUUUACCUGCGCAGCUACAAGGUGCUGUUGAAGAAGUCUGGAUGUCGGACGCCGAGGAUCGAGCUGGAGGAAAUGGGUCCGUCGUUAGACCUGGUGGUGAGGAGGACACACCUGUCCUCGGAUGACCUGUACAAGACAGCACUCAGACAGCCCAGAGGAGUGAAGCCCAAGAAGAAGAAAAACAUCUCCCAUGAUGCCUUUGGCACCAGAUAUGGCCGUCUGCACAUGCAGAAGCAGGACCUGAGCAAACUGCAGACGAGGAAGAUGAAGGGCCUGAGGAAGAGGAAAGGAGAUGUCGCCAUGGAGACAGGAGACACGACAUCACCCAAGAAAUCCAAAAGUCUGGCAUGAAGACGUCUCUGUUAUAAAGGACAUGGCUUUUUUUUUUUUUCACUGUUAACUUUUAGCUCUGGAGUCGAAGCUGCUGCUGCGGUUCUAAUGCACAUCACCUCUGGAGCACAUCUGUAUAAUGAAGCACAAACCACAGUGAUUGGUGGUGUAGGUUCUGUGGAACACACCCUGACCCUUUAACAGCAACAAUAAACCCCUGAAUGUUUUCACUUUUAA